AUGAUGACCAGCAUUGGACCGUCGUUUUCGCCGCACCCCGGCGGGAUGCAGCAACAUCCAGGUGCGCCUCCGGGCCAUCCCAUGGCUCCCGGAAUGGCUCACGCUCCUAGCCAGCCCGGCGCGACGCCGGGGGCAAUGCCACAUCCUCUCGCCGGGCCCAUGGGUGUCUCUGGGCCCGGCCCUCAAAUCAACCCCGCCGCCCUCAUGGGAGGUAUGGCACCCGGAGCAGGCGCUCCCAACGCCCAUGUCAUGCAGCACUUGAAUCCGGCCGCUCAGCAGAUGUUUCACCAGCAGCAGAUGAACCAAAUGUACGCGAAUAACCCGGCUCUCCAGCAACAGGUGCAGCAACAACUGCAGCAGCAACGCCUGCAGCAGCUACAGCAACAGCAGCAUGCCCGGCAGGCCCUGAUGGCUCAGGCCGCCCAGCAUCCGGCGUAUCAGAACAUGGGAGUGCCGGUUGGCCUCCCGCUUGCCCAGAUGCCUCAAGGUGCACAGGCUGCGCACCUUGCUGCGCUCCAGCGUAGCAGAAUGCCCAUGGUACCCUUUCAGCAGGCCCAGUUGCCCCAACAACAAGGGCAUCCUAUGAACUCCCUUAUGGCCCAGCAGAUCGCUCUCCAGCAACAACAGAUUCAAAUGAGCCAACAAGGCGCCACCCCAGGUCAACAUCCGCUGACCCCACAACAUAAUCUCAUCCAAGCACAGCAGCUGGCUGCGAUCCAGGCCCAUCAACAGCAAGCCGCCGCCGCUCAGCAAGCGCAACAACAGGCGCAACAACAAGCAGCUGCUCAACAGCAGGCUGUUCAGGCUGCGCAAGCCGCCCAGGCCACACAGGCCGCUCAGGUCGCCCAGGCACCGCAAGGCCCAGGGCAACCCCAGCAACCUCCUGUCUCGCAAGCCCAGCCGCCACCUGGUCCUCCACAGCAGCCGGCUCCCCCCCCAGGCACGACAGCUCCGGUCACCACUGCUCCCAUCACGGCCUCGACGCCGGUUACCCAGGUCCAAACACCACAGCCGAAUCCUCAGCAGCAACCGCCAGCGCCACCACAGCCGCCUCAAGCUACCCAGGCUCAACAGCUGCAAUUGGCUGCUGCUCAAGCUGCUGCUGCUCAACAGCAUGCUGCGCAGGUUCAGCAACAGGUCCAGCAGCAACAGCAACAGCAACAACAACAACAACAGCAGCAGCAGCAGCAGCAGCAGCAACAGCAGCAGCAGCAGCAGCAACAGCAGCAACAGCAACAACAGCAGCAACAGCAGCAACAGCAACAGCAACAACAACAACAACACCAACCGCAACCACAACAGCAGCAACAGCAGCCGCAGUCGCAAGUCCACGCGCAGCCGCAGCAAGCUGUUGGUGCUGUGAUGAUGCGACCUCAGCGGCCAGACCCUCUCUUGCAUCGGUUCAAACUGUUCCAGUUUGCGGAGUAUCUGAGCGGCUUUCAGCCGGUUAAGGGCAAAGAUGACCUAGAGUAUUGGACCCGCUGUGUUAAUGUCUUCUUCUCCCAGAAGGGCAUCUUCAGGCACGUGGUCCUUAUGCGGGAGAAUGAUGACCAGGCUCAGGAGAAGCAGUAUGAGAUUGCCUUUCCUGCCCUUCCGCGCUAUUUCCAGACGCACUUCGACAGCGGUGUUAGGAAGAUCCAGCUCGUCAUGGACAAGGGCUAUUCAGAACGCUCCCUGCCCAAUGACUGCUACGUCCUGGAAAACAGGAAUUCGAGCCUGGUCUACUGGUUUGAUGGCGACUCUCACCUCGUGGCGACUGGCAUCAUUCGCGUCCAGUUUGACAGCGAUCACAAGUUCGACUUGAUGGAGUUCAUCACGACUGGUCAUGAGGAGUACAUCUCACGACGCCUCGUCAUCCAGGCCGCCAGACCGGCUCACAACUGGGUCAAGGAGUGGCACCAGCUCAACAGUCAGCCCGACGGCAAGCAGUCUCCCGAGAUGAGCAAGAAGGGCAAGACCAGGCCGACCAAAGCGCCUGCGGGCCCUCCGCCUGAUCUCGAGCUGCCACACUCAUAUGUCAAGAGCAAUAUGGGCCUGACGGAAGCUGUGUAUCAGUUCUUGGAGAUGGUAGAGAUCAUGGGCCAGAUGAACCCCCUCUUCAACUACUACCACAACAACCCCGGCCUGUCCCCGUACACCGCCCUUGACCAAUACGUCAACCUGAUCAACCAGCAACAAGGCAUGAACGGCGGCCAGCCGAUGCCGCAGGCCGGUGCCCCCCGCACCCCAAGCUUCGGCCAGUUCCAGAUGACCCACAGCCCAGCCAUGGCCAACUCGAUGCUGCCCGGCUCCCCGCACAUCGCCAACUCCCCAGCGCCCGGCUCGAUGGCCGCGCCCGUCAUGCAGAUGCAGGCCAGCCAGCAGGGCACAAACAGCAGCGGCCCUAGCGCCAACACGUCCCCUGCCCAGGGCAACAAGCGUAGGAGACCCUCCACCGUCAAGGCCGAGGAGGAUGCCAACAACGCGGCAGCUCAGCACGCACAGAACGGUCCCGUCUCGGCCCCGACCCCGGUUCCCGUCCCCGUUGGCACGCCGCAGCUUAAUGGCGUACAGCUUAAGAAGCAGCCGCCUACGCCGAGGCUGCCGAAUAAGAGACAGAAGACAGGGAAUACGUGA